UGUUCGGGACAGAGAGAAGAGAGGACGAGAGUGAGCAAGAUGAGGAAGGGAAGACUGAGUUUCAACUCGUGAAAGAAAGGGGAACAAAUGGGGGGGAAAAUACCUGUUAUAUCAAGGAAAUAAUUUACUUUAAUAUUACACCCAAGCCACAUCUGGAAAUAGUCGUUCCUCGGACGUUCUCUACAAGGAGCAGCUCGAGACUCCAGGUCAGGAGGUGUAGUGGAGAUGCAGCCCAAGAAGUAGGGAGAUUCUGGGGAUGAGAAGUCCCUGUUCUCUCCCUGUCUUCCCCAGAGAACCAGGAGAACACUGGGACUCUCAAACAGAGUGUGUGUUCAGUGUAUGUCCGGCCUUGUCCAGGUACCAUGGCUCUGGUUCAGACCCUGCCUGUGUCCACAACUGACCACCCCAAGCCUCCUACCGGCCUCGACAUCAUCUCCCUCUCCCCCGUGGUUGGAGGGCCCUGUGGCCCCGGAGCCACCAUGGGCUCCGUCAGCAGCCUCAUCUCUGGCCGGACCUAUCAGGAGCAGCGACACUGCCGGGCCGCCAGCGAGUUCAGCACUAAGACACGCCAUAACACCCCAACCACCAGCUGUUUCAGGCUCCAGGGUGAUAGCAACACCCUGCACAGCGCAAGCUCCUUGGAACAACUACUGGUCAUCAACAACCAGACCCAGAUCCAGAUCACACAGCUCCAGCCCCCGCCACUGCCCACCAAGAAGCAGCCCCGGACAGGUAACUCUGCUGGUGGGGCAGGGUGUGCGGCUGGAGGUGGUGGUGGUGCAGGGAAUGGAAACUAUGGGUUUGUGACUGACGUGGUGACUGUAGGAGACUGGAAUGAUAACCAUGUGGUGGCGGUCGGGAGUCCGUGUAGCGACUCGGAGGAGCAGAGGGAUAACCGAGGUCUCAACGGGAAUAUUGGCGGUCCGCCGCCCAAACUCAUCCCUGUGUCGGGAAAACUGGAGAAGAACAUGGAGAAGUUUCUGAUCCGUCCCACUGCGUUCAAACCAGUGGUCCCCAAGAACCGUCACUCGGUGCAGUACCUCUCCCCGAGGCCAGGGGGCAGCCUCUCUGAGAGCCAGGGCAGCCUCAACCUCCUCCUGCCCCUACCUAUCAAUGGGAAUAACGGAAAUACUGUGGUCAACAGCCCGGGGAGCUACGGAAAUGUCGUAUCUCUGCUCUGCUCCUCCUCUUCCUCGGACAGCAAAAGGAACUCGUACAGCGGAGGACGCAAUGCUCGCAGCAGCCAGUCCUGCUCCAUGUCAGACUCUGGCCGUAACUCCCUGUCCAGCCUCCCGACUCACAGCAGUACCGGUUACAGCUUGGCCCACAGCGAGGCCUCUGGGUCUGGAGGGUCAGGGGUGGGCCUGGAGCCUGGGGCUGGAAGAACUACUACUACCAACGUAGGAGGGUCGGUGACCCACGGAGUUCACAGUCACUCAACCUCCCACGGUCACUCUAACUCGGACAGCGGGCGUUCGUCAUCCAGUAAGAGCACGGGGUCGGGGUCGCUGAGCGGGCGCGGCCAGCCCCUGUCGGACAGUGGGUCGUGUGGGCACUCACCCCCGCCUCUGGAGGGGUACGAGGGGGUGAUGAGGGAGCUGGAGGAGAAGCUGAGGGAGAGGGAUUUGGAACUGCAGCAGCUCAGAGAGAACCUGGACGAGAACGAAGCCGCCAUCUGUCAGGUGUACGAGGAAAAGCAGCGUCGCUGUGAGAGGGAGCUGGAAGAAAUGAGACAGAGCUGCUCUUCCAAGAUGAAACAGGCUACACAGAAGGCCCAGAGAGUACAACAGGCCUUACAACUACAGGUGUUCCAGCUGCAGCAGGAGAAAAAGAAACUUCAGGAGGACUUCUCCUCUCUGCUGCAGGACAGGGAGGUGCUGGAGAGGAGGUGUGCCUCCAUACAGAGAGAACAGAUCCAGUUGGGACCGCGCCUAGAGGAGACGAAGUGGGAGGUGUGUCAGAAGUCAGGUGAGAUAUCCCUGUUGAAACAGCAACUGAAGGAGAUCCAGUCAGAGCUGAGCCAGAAGGGUGGGGAGCUGGUGGUCCUGAAGUCCCAGCUGAGGGAGGCCAGGACCGACCUCCAAAACAGCCAGGCCAGGAGCCAGGAGGCUGGUUCGGCCCUGCGGACACGCUCUCUGGAGCUAGAGGUCUGCGAGAAUGAGCUCCAGCGCAGGAAGAGCGAGGCUGAGCUUCUCCGCGAGAAAGUCAUACGCUUGGAAGAAGAGUCGGCCCAGCUUCGAAGUGCCCUGGCCAAUCAGGGAGGAGGCCAGACGCCGGCUAAUAAGGGCCAAUGCAUGAGCCUGCCCCUCCCUCAGGGCCGUGUGAGUGUGGAGGGUGGAAAGGGGGGCCCCAGCCCCUCUAUGGGUUACCGUGAGGCGGAGGAGGGCAGGCUGGUAUGGGGAGGGGAGAGUGAUGAGGCCAAGACUCAGAGGCAGAGUGCUGAAGCUGUGCUUGGACUCAGGCAACAGGUGGAGAGGCUGAGGGCAGAGCUGAUGUACGAGAGGAGGAGCAGUGAGGAGCAGCUGGGAGGAUUCGAGGAGGAGAGAAGGGUCUGGCAGGAGGAGAAGGAAAAGGUGAUCCGAUACCAGAAGCAGCUGCAGCAGAACUACAUCCAGAUGUACAGGAGGAACAGAGAUCUGGAGAGGGUGAUGAGAGAGCUCAGUCUAGAGCUGGAGAACAGAGACACAGAGGACUACGACAUCCACAGCGGUAGCAACGACAUCCACUUUGAGGAGAUGACCGCUACUGAGAUCUAGAGGGGACAACAACAGGGGUGUCCUCUCGCCCCAUUGAGAUUUAGAGACCAGACAGAGACGUUGUCUAACCCCAGUGAUAUCAAAAUCAAAUCAAAUUGUAUUGGUCACAUACAUAUGUUUAGCAGAUGUUCAAUGCUUGUGUUUCUAGCUCCAACAGUAGCAUCUCCUGAUAUUUAGAGACAAGGGUGUCCUCUCGCCCCCAUGACUGUUAAUACCAGCACCCUGAAAUGAUCUGAUUUCCCAAUCACUGCUACUGAGAGGACUGCGUCCAAAACAGAACACUAUUUCCUAUGUAGUGCACUACCAUUGGCUAGAGAACAGGGUGCCAUUUGAAAUGUGCAUCUAGGAUACCGAGGGUAUAUCUGAACUUAUUCCCCUAACCACAGUACAAGCACUCUUUACUUCCCUAUGGACCGUUUGCUGUCAUGGACAUUAAGGGAGCAUCAAUGUUUAAGAGUGGAUCCGCUCCACUAGACAUUGGGAGGCACCCUCCUCCUGGACCACACAGGAACAGCUGACUACCUGCAGUCAGAAAAGACUCCAUCACAUCUUUAUUCAGACUUCAAAGAGAGGUUAGUGUGUUUCUCAAUAGUUGAGAGUGUCUUCCUCUCCAGAGUAAGAUUCACCCUCAGACCAACACAUGCUCCUUGCCUCCUCACAUGGGUUUGAUUGCCCAGCUAUAGUACCAGCACUCUUUGGGACGUAUAUAAUGACUUUUGACUUGAGAAACAAGCAGGUACCACUCAAACCUCGCUCAGAUCAGUGUAUUGAAAGCAAAGGGGAGAAUCGAGUCGAGUAUAAUCACAUCUGUAUGGCGCACACAGGUGUGACUGCCUGACCACCAGCACAUAAUGAUGACAUUAAUAUAACGAUGACAUCAUCACCGCUCGACUGUGUUUUUCGUUCGUCCACAGGACUUUGUGCACCUUUGCACUAAAGCAAUGAUGUAAUAACACUUUCACAAUUUGUGCUGUCAAUAUUAUGUAUACAGUAUUCAGUGGAUCAGCAACUCAUCUAGAAGUAGUACGGAAAGGACAAGAAAUAAUCCACUGGCCAGGAAAUAUGGAUUUAUAUUCGGUGGAAUUGGACUAUGUAAUAUUUUGAUGGGAUGUAUAAGGACUGUUGGCACACAUAGCAAAUGCAACUGUUCAGUUUUCAGCACUGGCUAAGAAAGGAACUGUAGUCUACAUUCUUCCUUGUUCAUGGAAUCUUCAAACAUCCUGGAUUUCUAUCAUUGGCUGCUUGCAGCUAACAUGUCAACAUUCUCUUCUGUCAUUGGCUGAGCCAUAUCUGUCAGUUGAUAUUGACUCUCAGCUCCCCAUAUCAGACUGAGAGAUGUGGUGAGAAGGAAGAGAAAACCAAAAGAAGACAUCAAAGGCUUAAUGUGAGUGCUGUGUUGUGCUCCUCCUCUCUCUAAAGCCAAUAGUCACCCUAUUGUAUCUUCUCUACAACCUCUCUCAUGUGAAUGACACAAACAGAAGCAAGUAGCACUAUGAGGGAGUGAUUAGCAUGGGAGAUAUCAGCACAAAUGCAACCGCUGCCCUUCUCUCUCUCUCAGCACAAACAUAUCAGAGGAAGAAACACACCUUAAUUGGUCAACUCAAGCUGCCCGUCAAAGAUAUCGAUGCUGCAUUGGCUGCUGGGAUUGUUAUGGAGCCGUAUUGGAUCAGUGAGCAUAUGGUGUCACUUUUCCUUAUGGUAUCACAGUGAAACCAACAAAACAUCCCUGUUCAACUGUUCUGAGCUCCCCCCUCCCUUGGCCUCUCUCACUGUCGCAAACGCUGGACUGUGAAUACUCUACUAACGUUUUACUUUUUAUUACUAGACCCCCCCCUUUCCCUCCCUCUCAUCAAAAAGCCAAGUAACACUUCCUAGACUUCCUGUCCCUUUUGGCCAGUGACUGUGAGGCUCACUCACUGACACCUAGAUAAUGUGGAUGGCAAAAGUCUGUCAAAGUCUGGGAGAGGUAAUGUAGGGCAGGGUUCCCCAACUGGCAGUGAUUUUAUUUGGCCUCCCAAGUUUUCUGAGCAAAAAAACAUAUAUAUAUAUAUAUAUAUAUAUAUAAUUCUAUAUUUUUUAAACGUUGUUGGAUAUAAACAACUAAAAACACCAGCAAAUCAGCUCCAGGUGAUUUUAAUUUUGGAAAUCUGUUCCAACGCAUAAUAGUGAAAUAGAUACAUGUGAUCGUAUACAAAUGUAAACAAGGUUUGAAAUAAUUGUUUAAGUCAAAUAUAUCUGUUUGGGCAUUUUGCAUUCAAUUUGCGGUCUACAAAUGAUUUGUAAUUAUGUACCAGUCCGCUGACCAUCCGCUCAAGAAAAUGUCAGCUUGCGGCUAAAUCUAGUUGAUGAUCCCUGGUGUAGGGGUUUGUGCUGGACAGUGCAUGAUAUAUUAGCCUAAGGCAUGACAAACAGGUCAUUAUGGAACUGUUACAGUGGUUAUAUCAACAUUUUGGCAACCACUGCCAUAUAAAUAUCAUUAAUAGAAUGUAAUUCUAUUUCUAUGUGGGGAACCAUAGAUCAAUAUUAGAGUCUUCAGUUGUGCUUCCUCAUAAGAAGGGAUUCAACUAGAGCUCUGGUCUUUUAUAUUACAGAGGUAAACAGAGUUUAUAAAAAAGGAAUCUAACAGAUAAAUGGAAAUCAAUAUGAUCAAUGAUGAUGAUGUAUAUUUUUUUUAUAUAUAGCACCUGAAGAUAUUUUGUGGUAACACCAGUACCAUUGUGGGUUUAAUGUACAAAGUAUAAUAAAGAGUUCUAUAUAUCUUUCCAGUACCACACAUAUACCAAUGAGAUGAUUCAACACAAUUGGAAAGGGUCUGGGAAGAGUGGCGCGAACAUUGAAGCUCCACUCUUUGUUGUUGACCAAGCUGCAUUAUGAUUUAACAAACAUACAAAAAUAUGGGAAAUAUCCAGCUUUUAGCCAAGGUUUACAUUGGUCAGCACAUUAAUGGUCAUCCUUGUUCAAUGCGAAUGAGUUUUCAUUUUGGCGGCCAUUAUCAUCUAUAUCACCCAAUAUCCUUGUCAUCGUUGUGUUUGUCAUCUUCAGACUACACUUAUUAACACACAAAGCAUUUAAUCCAAAUAAUAUCUCAACUAAAAAUGUGAUCAUCACAUAUGGUACAAACAUUCAUCUUCAAUUUAGUCUUAUAGGUCUACAAAGUUACCAUUUUACAACAUUCAAGAUGUAUCUUUAAGAGAGGAAUAGAACAUAUUAUGUUCCAGUGUGGAUGUACCAUCAUCUGUAACACAGUCAGGUAGAAAAAGCAGCUCAGGUGUAAUUCUUUUAAUUGAACCUUUAUUUAACUAGGCAAGCCAACUAAGAACAAAUUCUUAUUUACAAUGACAGUCUACCACAGCCAAACCCUAACCCAGAUGACGUUGGGGCAAUGGGACUCCCACAGCUAGCUGUGAUAUAGCUCAGAAUCGAACCAGGGUCUGUAGUGACACCUCUAGCACUGAGAUGCAGUGCCUUAGACCACUGUAAUGACUAACACAGUAGCACAGGUGUAAUGGUUAACACAGUAGCACAGGUGUAAUGGUUAACACAGUAGCUCAGGUGUAAUGGUUAACACAGUAGCACAGGUGUAAUGGUUAACACAGUAGCACAGGUGUAAUGGUUAACACAGUAGCACAGGUGUAAUGGUUAACACAGUAGCACAGGUGUAAUGGUUAACACAGUAGCACAGGUGUAAUGGUUAACACAGUAGCACAGGUGUAAUGGAUAACACAGUACAGGUGUACAGGUGUAAUGGUUAACACAGUAGCACAGGUGUAAUGGAUAACACAGUAGCACAGGUAUAAUGGUUAACACAGUAGCACAGGUGUAAUGGUUAACACAGUACAGUAGCACAGGUGUAAUGGUUAACACAGUAGCACAGGUAUAAUGGUUAACACAGUACAGUAGCACAGGUAAAGUGAACUGAAAGGAACCCCAGUGUUAAUUUUGGCACUCUGUAAUAGAUUUAGUCAUUUUGACUUAAAUAUCAUCAAGUCUGAUUCACAUUUGAAUAAUGAUUUAGUGUAGUUAUUGUCAAAAUGACAAAAAGAGUGGUCCAUUUUUGUCAACUAAAUCCAUUUUUGUCAACUUUCAUUUUAGUCAUUUUUAUUGCCUCAGUAACUUAUAGUAAACAUAAAUCACUGACUUCCAUGUGCACAAACAUACAUACAGUAGUAGCCUUGUUCUACUAACAUAUUUUUCUGCAUAAAAUCAUAUUCUCAUCCCAACAGCAGAAAUAUGACAAACAUAUAUAAGAAUUAUUUGGCCUCGGUCGCGUCAUUUCCAUUUAUCAAUGUUCCACAGACGCCGCAGCCACAUGUCCAAAAGUAGAACGGGGCACAGACGUCAGUUCAACGUCUAGUUUUGAUUUACAUUUGGUUGAGUUGUCAACUAGCCUGAAUUCAAUGUGAGAUCAACAUAAAAUGUCAUGUCAUUGGAUUUAGGAUAAAAGAUGGGUGUAAAAAAGACAACACUUCCUUACGUUGAUGACUUUUUUCAAAUCCAAUCAGUUUUACACUUUGAUUCAACUUCAUCACAUUAAAUUAUUUUUGUUGAAAUGACGUGGAAACAAUGUUGAUUCAAACAGUUUUUGCCCAGUGGGUAAUGAUUUCGAACAGGAGGGAGCUAAUGACUGUUUUGCCCUGUUUUGCCCAGUCCCCUGUGCUCGAGUCCAAGUCUGAGUCACCAAUGGUCGAGUCACGAGUCCUGGUCCAAGUGCUCAAGUCUGAGUCACCAAUGGUCGAGUCACGAGUCCUGGUCCAAAUGCUCAAGUCUGAGUCACCAAUGGUCGAGUCACGAGUCCUGGUCCAAAUGCUCAAGUCUGAGUCACCAAUGGUCGAGUCACGAGUCCUGGUCCAAAUGCUCAAGUCUGAGUCACCAAUGGUCGAGUCACGAGUCCUGGUCCAAAUGCUCAAGUCUGAGUCACCAAUGGUCGAGUCACGAGUCCUGGUCCAAAUGCUCAAGUCUGAGUCACUGGCUCCACUCAAAAUAAAGCCAUUUACCCUGUCAGAGGUAGUGUAGUGUCAAGAUGAAUUUAUUCAAUAAAUUGUUUGCUAUUCCUUUUCCUUUCUAUCUAUGCCACCAAAUGUUUGCAUAGGCUACUGGUAAUGUUACCAGGGCCACGUUCAGUUGCAAAACGUUGUUGAACGUUGCAGAUAGAAAUCCCAUGAAUAGAGCCAACGUUAUUCCUUAUUCAACAUGUCAGAUAGAAAUGUGCUAUGUAGAACAAACAUGCCUAUCAGAGCGUUCCGUCCUGCUGAACACGGCCCAGGUUGUUAGCUAUAACUAGCUAAUGAGGUAACAUGACUGAACAAAGUGUAGUCUAAAUAGAUGGUUACUUGUCCGGUCCUAGUUUUAGAACAGAUAUGCUUCAUGAAUGUUAAAUGCUCCCCGCCAAUGCAUGAUAGAAAGAAAAAAACGUAGCGUCGGUAUUAUGGUUCAAACCUUUAGAGCGGUAAUCUCAAGACGUUUUCUUAAACCGUGUCUUUUUCCUGCAGUCUGAACAGGCAAAAACCACAAAGGACUCUGAUAAUUCAAGCCACAUUUCAAACCACCUUCGUAGAUGGCUUGAAGUCAGAUACAAAUCUGAUUCCUGGUCAAGUGACUUGUGUCUGAACGGGAAAAUCAGAUUUAUUUGCCCUCAAGUGGUUUUGAAAGUUGGAUAAUAUUUUCCUUUGAGGCUAUAAAGUGUUCCUACACUAUGAUUUUGAACAUUCAAAGCAACUGGGAAACAUUCUACAUAACUUCUGAGUGAUGAGGAAUCAUGAACACCACCACAGAUCAGUUCUAAAAACUAUUGUUCAGUCCCAUUUAGUAGUCAGACUUGAGAUCAUUUAGUCUCGUCUUGUUUUAGGCAACUGAAAUAUAUUUUUUUGUUUAGUUAUAGUUUUUUUCUGGUCUAUUUAGUCAGUUAUAGUCUAGUCAACUGCCACUGAAAAAGUAGGUGUUUUGACAAAUAUUUGAGUCCUUAUUUUUGUUGACUAAUGUAACUGUGAGGAACCCCCUCGGUGAAAGCACAGUGCACUCUGAAUACCCCUUUCCACAUUUCUCACUUUUCUUCAUAACCCCAUAAUAACAAUUGUCUGUGUAAAUACAGUCAGUAUCUAACUGAAAAUGGCAUACAGGUAACUGCCAAAAAUAAAGGAAACACUUGUUUAAAUGAGGGAUACAAAGUAUAUUGAAAGUAGGUGCUUCCACACAGGUGUGGGUCUUGAGUUAAUUAAGCAAUUAACAUCCCAUAAUGCUUAGAGUCAUGUAUAAAAAUGCUGGGCAGUCCAUUAUUUUGGCUACCAUGGCUAUGCUCCCCCCAUAGGAUUACAAGGCCCUGGUCACAGGGCACAAGUGAUCACUGAAUGGUUUGAUGAGCAUGAAAACCAGAUCUCAACCCAAUUUAACACUUAUGGUAGAUUGUGGAGCGGUGCCUGAGACAGCGUUUUCCACGACCAACAAAACAACAGUGUUUUCCCUCCAAUAGAGUUCCAGACACUUGUAGAAUCUAUGCCAAUGUGCAUUGAAGCUGUUCUGGCUCGUGGAGGCACAACACCCUAUUAAGACUGUGUUAGUGUUUCCUUAAUUUUGGCAGUUACUUCUACAUUGAGUGACAUUCUAGUCCUUUACUCAGGCCAAAAUAUAUGUUUCAAAUGUAGCCACUGCGACUAGACCAAAGCAACGUAACACGUUUGUUUGCAUUUGUCUUGUUUCUUUUCUUCCUUAGUGUGCAUAAGUAUACAAUUAUAUUUUAGUGUGUUUAGGUGUUCUGUUCCUUUAUUAAUCCAUGGUGUUUGUAGUCAUUCAUGUAUAUUUUCAUGCUGUAAAUUUAUUGUACAAAAGUACGUUUGUUUUUAAUUAAAGAUACAAAAUGUCA